GAUUAUAUACGAAGGUAUCCGGCUGGAUUAUUCAGUCUUCUACGAAUAUCAUUGAAAAAAUUUUCAGACAAAACUACAUAGAAAAAAUGCCACUUCAAUUAUCAACCAAGGAAAAUAUUCGUAAACGCGUAGAAGAUAUUACUUUAAAAGAAAAGAUAUCACCCAAGAAGUUAUGUGUUAAUUCGCCAGUUUUCCAGGAGAAUAGUUUAAAAAAUGGAGUUGGAAUUAAUCAAACGAAGGCCGUACAAAAAAUUCAGCUGAAAGAUAAUGAAUUUAAUUCUGAAUUAGAACCAUUAUUGAAAGAAAACCCACGUAGAUUCGUUAUAUUUCCCAUACAAUGGCCUGAUAUUUGGCAAAUGUAUAAAAAAGCAGAGGCAUCGUUCUGGACUGUUGAAGAAGUUGAUCUUACUAGGGACAUUACUGAUUGGAAAACUUUAAAUACCAAUGAAAGGCAUUUCAUUACUCAUGUUUUGGCUUUCUUUGCUGCUUCUGAUGGAAUUGUAAAUGAAAAUCUCGUAGAACGUUUUAGUCAGGAAGUACAAGUUACAGAGGCACGUUGUUUCUAUGGAUUUCAAGUAGCUAUGGAAAAUGUCCAUUCAGAAAUGUAUUCGUUAUUAAUCGAUACAUAUAUUAUGGAUCCUAAAGAAAGAGAUUUCUUAUUUAAUGCUAUCGAAACUCUUCCUUGUGUUGCUAAAAAAGCAAACUGGGCAUUGAAUUGGAUCAAUCAUGAGAGCGCAACAUUUCCAGAACGUGUAGUUGCAUUUGCUGCAGUUGAGGGAAUAUUUUUUAGUGGUAGUUUCGCAGCCAUUUUCUGGUUAAAAAAGAGAGGCUUAAUGCCAGGCCUAACCUUUAGUAAUGAACUAAUAUCUAGAGAUGAGGGAUUACAUUGUGACUUUGCAUGCUUAAUGUUUAAACAUAUUGUACAAAAGCCUUCCUGCGAAAGAGUAACCUCCAUUAUAAAGGAUGCAGUAGAAAUUGAAAAGGAAUUUUUAACAAAGGCACUACCGGUUGAAAUGAUUGGCAUGAAUUGUACACUUAUGUGUGAAUAUAUAGAAUUUGUUGCAGACAGAUUACUUGUUGAACUUGGCUGUCAAAAGAUUUAUAUGUCUAAAAAUCCAUUUGAUUUUAUGGAACAAAUUUCGUUAGAAGGUAAAACAAAUUUCUUUGAGAAGAAGGUUGGAGAAUAUCAAAAGUUUGGAGUUAUGCAAGAAAAGGUUGAAUCACAUUUUACAGUUAAUGCUGACUUUUGAUAUAAUGACAUUAUAGUACUUGAAACAAAAUGAACUUUAGCAAGAUAGAAAACGUGAUUUUCGAUUCUAGCGAUAUAUAUAUAUAUAUAAUGUUAUAAAUAAUUUUUCUACAUAUUUUUUAAUAAUUGAAGAAUAUCAACAAAUCACUUAAAUAUUAAAUUGACAGUAUAUGACUUAUCUAUAUUUUUUUGUUAUUGUCUACUUUAUCAUUUUAUUCUUUGACAAAAAUAUAUUAAUCAUGAGAAUUAACAUACAAAUAUUUUUUGGAUGAAUAUGAAAUAUUAAUCAUUAGAACAAAAUUUCUUCACGUUUUGUAUUAGUUCAUUAUAUUGCUGACAAGUUCAUCUUGAGUACAAAUUAAUGAUAAAAUAUUAUUUUUUCUUGUGAAAAAAUGAUAUACCUUGAAAUUGUAAAAAAAUUAAUUUAUUUAUAUUUGAAACUUAAAAUAUUU